AUGGAUCCUUUGGACGAUUGGGACGUCGUUGGGGCCGAUGAUUUUACACCUCGUGUUUCCAGUGGUGACAAAAAUGAGGAUCCGAGUACAAAGAAAGAUGCCGAUGAUUCUUUAUUAAACCAUGAAGAAAAUGCCGUUAGCAGUAAAGAUUCCGUAAAUGUUUAUAACACUCCCUCUUUUGUGAAAAGUAAAUGUAGAAUCCCUUCCGAGCCUCAGGUCGUAAGAAAUGAUAGUACACCUUCCAAUAAUUACAAUAUUGUUGCAAGUCCCGGCAAUGAAGGUGAGCCUUCAGUACAGCGCCCACCGGCGCAUCGUGAAAUUACUGGAGCUAGUGUUCUGCAAGCACGGGGAAUAUUACAUGAAAGCUUUGACAACAGUAAUGCGCAAGAAGUUGUUCAUCGCUGUCAAUAUGUAAAACAUGCGGUGGAACCGCAGCAAAAUUCCGUGAGCGCGGUUUCCAAUUCAAGAUUAUAUAAUUUGAUUGGAAAGCUGUUGUGUGCGGGGCAGUUAUUGGGUUUGGCGACGCCCAUUAGUGACGGGGAGGAACAGAAUUGUUGGGCAUUAUCAGUUAAGUUGUGGAGUCACACGUCGUGUAUCAUUAAACAGAUGGGCUCUGCUGGACAACUUAUGUGUUUUAUGGCAUUUCUUUACUUUGUUUCCGCUGCCCCAGUGGGACGGAAUAAGACGGAACACUGCAGUCCCUCCAUCAACUGUUGCAGUCUUUUUAAGGAUGGUGUACGGUAUUUUUGUUAUUUGCUAUUUCUAGUGGGACCACUACUUCGCAUUGCGGAGUUUGCUGUCCAAAAGAGGUCCUUUGGUAAAGCGCUGCACGGCUGUGAGGUUGGAGGAAGGGCGCAUAAAAUAGUGUGUAAAGCAGUUACAUGGUUUGGUAAGUGCAUACUAACGACUGCAUUAAUCGUGCCGCAAGAACCAAAGGGAGGAGCGGCGGUUAGUUAUGUGACUGCCAAAGAAACAGUGGGUAGUUGUAAAACCAAAGUUAGCGAUACAACGGAGUGUUUUGCUAGAGUGAACAGCGCCUCGGAGAAGUCGGUUCUUGGAGUGAACCGUCUCUUGUUUGUCGUUGUUUGCAUUUCACUAGUUUCAAUUAUGCGCGAUGCUGAAGAGCGUUGUACCCCUUCAUCCCGCUGA